AUGGUUGACACCGACAAACGACUCACCAACGCGAUCCGCGAAUUAGACAAUGCGACAUUGCCCGAUAAACAGCCGACACGCAAUAGCAUUGCAGCCUGUAUCGAAGAACCUGUAGCAUGGCUUCGCAACGACAUGGAUCCCCAGGAACGAUUAACGUUUGUGCAGCAUGCAGCUUGGAAGCACCAUGUGUGGACCGUGUGUCAACAAGUCAUUCCCUCUUGGAGUUUUAUCUUCACAGCGACAUCAGCAUCCCUUGUUACGGCUUUGGAAGCAACGCUAUUUGGUGUUGGCAUCGAAUGUGAAAGAGGCGAUCAAGAUGCUUUGCUUUGUAACAUGGCCCAGAUCAGUUUACCUAUCAUACUCGACUGCUUACAAGUGGUGGAUAACGCCCGACUCGAUGCAUUGCAUUUGUAUGAACGCCUUCUCAAGCGAUCUAUCAGCGAACCGCUCUUUCCAGCUUAUAUGCACUACAAUGGAUUGGAUGACCCUCGCUUCUUUUGUUCAUUGAUUUGCUCUUUCCCCGCAAAGUUGGCUAAUGCAUUUGGAUUGGAAAAACAGAGCGACUGGUAUCAAGACACGAAUUUUUAUCCACUUGUAGCAAAGCAAUUGGGACAUGCGGUGCGAGUUGAAUCGAAUCAAAGCGCGUUUGCCGGCGAGUUGCUUGGUAAAAUGAUGCGACAAGGCUAUACAGAUAUCAUUGUAUCGACGUUGUAUCCUAUUGCACUUGCACGUAUUCGACAAGAUCCAUCAAAGAUGGGACAAGCUUGGGCUGAUUUAUGGGAAGCGGCUACUACCAUGUCCACCACCGAGAAAUUGUCAGAGAUGAUGUUAUUACAUGUGCGGCAUGCCAUCAACCAAGAAACGGCAGGGGAUAUCCAGAAAGCAGCUUUUGGUCUAUCAAUGGUGCUAUUUUCGAUGCAUGACAAGCAAAAACGGUUGCGCUUAGUGGAAGAAUUCUUAUCGGUUGCCUUCAUCCAAAUGGCCAAGAAACGAGUUGCCAGCACGGUGAUAUUACGAAUUGCUAUAGCGGCUGCAGUGCAUGCAAUGGGUAUCGAGUACAACGAGCAGGAGCGAUUACUUGUCUUGGAUUCGAUUCAAAUGGUGGACCGCUUGAUACAAAAGUUGGUGGAUGUUUGGGCAGACCCCGUUUUUAUUAUGCAUGGAUCCCAUCAGGAACAAGAAUAUAUCACCAGUGGUCUACUUAUUGCAGCUGGCUAUCUCCCCAAAGAGCAACUCCAACACGUGGUUUUUGACACUUCAUUGAUGGCACACAUUCACCGUUGGUUUCAAAGCAAGGAUAUGACAACUGCCAAAUUCGGUGUCGUUGUUGCUGAAAGUAUAUCGUCGCUGGUCGACAAGGAAGAAAAUUGGUUUCACUCUGGCAUACUUGAUGAUGAAGCAAACAAGCAUUUCUCUGAACUGAAAAAGCUCAAUGCAACACGCGAUGCACUUGCACUUGUACCAUUGACCGAAGAAGGCGAUGUUGCAUAUAUUGUUGAAAGCGAGGAAUCGGAUAUGGAAGAGGAAGAGGAACUUGAUCCAGAUGCAAUUGUUUCCGUUGAUGAUCAAGAUGAUACCGAGACGGAUGAAUCUGAUUUGGAUGCAUAUCCUAUGGAAGAAGAAUCGUCCGAAGAUGAGGAAGGCGCAUAUGGGCAGGACAAACGGACAAAGAAAUCACGUGCAAGAAAGCCAGUAUACAUUUUGGAUUUGAUCAACUACCUCAAAGACCAUGACGAUCCCGUGAAAUUGGAGAUAGGAUUGAAAUCGGCAGAAGAGCUAAUUCGUCAAAAGACGGGUUACGGCACAGAGCUUGAGGAUUCCGCGGUUGUAUUGGCACGUCGUUUGAUGGAUAUACCUGAAUCCUAUGAGCUACCAGAAAUGAAGAUUCGACAACAACACGCCAUUACAGCGUUGAUAGUGGCUGUUCCUGAUCGAGUUGCUGGUUUUCUCAUCGACGCGCUCUAUGGACGCAACACAUCAAUUGAAAUCAAGCAGGUUGUCUUGGCAUCUAUUAUCCUUGGAGCAUCCGAAAGUAAGCAUGCUGCACCACACAUUGAAUUUGAACGACUCUCACUGGAGCCACCAGAACAAAAAAUUGGAAAGAUAAGAGUGUUUUCAAGGAGGAUGGAAGUCGAGAAAAACAAGAGCACACAACGCAAUCGCUUGAGUGGAUUGGCUGGAUCAUGUUUCUUUUUCCCUUUGCUGGUUGGAUGGUGGGAAGGUUCUCAAGGCCGUACAAAGUUCUGGUUGGGCCGUGACACAAUACUUGCGGAACGAUUUGUGAUGGCAUUGAACGUUAUCAUGCACUGUGCAACAAAUACUCCAGAUAAACGGCGCAUUGUGAUGGAAUACUUUGAGUUUGCUUUAUCAUUACGUUAUGCCAACAUUGCAACAAGCGUUGUCCAAGCUUUAUUGACGGGGAUCGAUAUCAUUUUGAACGUGAGCUAUCAACAUCAAGAAAAGUUACUUUUACAAGAUUAUACCCUACAACUCGCAGCAACCAAGAAUUGGCUUGAAGAUAUAAUGGAGCUUGUAAAUGAAAACGAGCUUAAAGAAAAGGCCAUCCGCUUGCUUGCACGAUUAAUGCAGUUAUCGACAAUGGAUUAG